GCACCUUGGCACUUGGUGCGGGGCCAAUAAUAAAAGGCUGCGCCUGCGCUGCGGCUGCCCAAGCCCAACAAACAAGCUCCGCCAUGGCGAUGCCGCCUUCGCCUUCGCCGCGGGUGCGGGUGCUAUCCAGGCGCACCGUCAAGCCGCCGCCGGGCUCCCCGCGCCAACGCAUCCCGCUCACCACCUGGGACGUCUCCUUCCUCUCCGCCGACUACAUCCAGAAGGGCCUCCUCUACGCCACACCGCCCUUCCCCACGCCCCACCUCCUCCACCACCUCGAGGCCGCGCUCGCCCACGCGCUCCACUCCUACUACCCCGUCGCCGGACGCUUCACCACGGACCAGCACCACGACGCCGACGGCAACGUCCGAGGCUGCUCCGUCUCCAUCGACUGCCACGGCCAGGGCGUCGACGUCUUCCACGCCGUCGCCGACGGCGUCUCCAUCGCCGACGUCAUCCCGCCUGACGCCGACGUUCCGCUCCUCGUCCAGUCCCUUUUCCCCCUCGACGGCGCGGUCAACCACGACGGCCACCACCUCCCGCUCUUCGUCGUCCAGGUCACCGACCUCACCGACGGCGUCUUCCUCGGCUUCGCCUACAACCACGCGCUCUCCGACGGCACCGCCUUAUGGAAAUUCAUCAACGUAUGGGCGGCCAUCGCGCGCGACGCCAGCCUCUCUCAGUCUCAGUCUCAGUCUCAGUCUGUCUCCCCCUCGGACUCGGACUCGGAGCACGCUCCACCUCCGCCGCCCUUGCUGGAGCGCUGGUCCCCCGACGGCGACGGCGACGGCCUCACGACGCCGCCGCCGGUCGUCCUCCCGUAUCCAGACCUCACGGGCCUCAUCCAGAGGCUGUCCCCGCCGCCGCUGCGCGAGCGCAUGCUGCAGUUCUCGGCCCACAACCUGGAGGCGCUCAAGGAGCGGGCGCGGCAGGAGCUCCUGGCCGCCGGGGACGCGGCCGGCGCGGCCGCCGUCACCAAGUUCCAGGCUCUGUCCUCUCUGGUGUGGCGCUGCGUCACCCGCGCGCGCCGCCUGCCGCCCCACCAAACAACCUUUUGCCGCGCCGCCAUCAACAACCGCACGCGCCUCCGCCCGCAGCUUCCGCCCGAGUACUUCGGCAACACCAUCUACGCCAUCGCCACGGAGGCCGUCACCGCCGCGGAUCUGCUCCAGCGCGGCCACGGCUGGGCGACGGCGGCCGUGGGCCGCGCGGUGGCCGCGCACACGGACGCCGACAUCCGGGCGCGCGUCCACGCGUGGAUGGCCAACCCCGUGCUCUACAACCUCAGGUACUUCGAUCCCAACGGCGUCAUGAUGGGCAGCUCGCCGCGCUUCGACAUGUACGGAUGCGAUUUCGGCUGGGGCGCGCCGCUGGCGGCGCGCAGCGGCAAGGCCAACAAGUCCGACGGCAAGGCAUCGCUGUACCCGGGGCAGGAUGGCGGCGGAAGCAUCGCCGCGGAGCUGGUGCUCACGCCGGAGCACAUGGCGCUGCUGGAACAGGACGACGAGUUCUGGGCGGCCGUUUCGCCGGACAAGCAGCCUUGUCCGCCGCCGGGGAAGAAUUGAACGCCAGCCGCCCACCCCCAUCCCCAUCAUGCAAAAGUCAAGACAGAGCAAAAGGAUUUGAAUUGAAUUUUCUUUCCUCGUUAGUUAACGUGUUUGCUCAUUAAGGACUAUAUUCUCAUGUCCUCAUAAUAAAGAAAAACUAUUGAAAUAAAUACUCUCUCCAAAGAAUCAAUUUCUAAGAAUCUAUGUCUGUCAAA